AGGAGGGAGCGAGAGAGUGAGAGCCUGGAACACACAUUCACACACACAGGGAGACGGUCCUCUGCUGCAGCUCCCUGCUGGAUUCAGUGGAUUCACAAUCUCUUCCCUUUCACGUGUGGUCACUUCACAGGAGAGCGAGCCAACGUGGCCUAGGGGGCUCGGGGAAUGGAGGACGGUAUGUGACCGGUGCCUAACUAACCGCUCCGCUUCACUGUCGCCAACAUGCAUCAUCUUCGCCAGAUGAUGUCGUUGUGCUUAUGGUGCUCUCUCCUCGCCAUUCUUCWCCACACGACGGUGUUUGCGGAUGAAGAGGCGGAUCUCAUGAAGCCGACAGGACCGCCUGCCAGUAAGGAAUGGUACUAUUGGCCAGGCUGGUCCUUGCCAAAGCAGCCCAGCUUGUCCAUGUUCCCAUCACUCCCGGCGGCGCCGUCGUUUCCGUUUUCUUCGCUCAACCCGUUUGGAGGGAAGUCACAGACUAAGAAUGCAGGGCCCCAAAGGACCACACCAUCAGAGGGACCAACAAAGGAGCUGUCAAAGGGACUGAUAGAGAGACCAACAGAGGGACCAACAGAGGGACCAACAGAGGGACCAACAGAGGGACCAACAAAGGAGCUGUCAAAGAGACUGAUAGAGAGACCAACAGAGAGACCAACAGAGGGACCAACAGAGGGACGAACGGAGCCUGAGAAUUCCCCGGGACAUUCAGGGUCUGUGGAGGAGAGUAUUAAUAAAAGCCCUCAGUCCUCCAUCAUCACCUAUUGGACUGAAAGUCACCCCAGUUCCACUGAGAUAAGAACAGUAACAAACCCACAGACAGUCACUCCUAACAAGAGCACACAACCUAACAUCCAAGAUAUCUUAGAUUCUAUAACCGCUGUCUUAGAUUCCAUAUCCUCUAUUUCUAUGUCACAGGGGGUUGAUAUAUCCUCUGAUAGUCUCACCAGCACAAACAUUCUGCCACAGACAAUAAUACACGCAUACCUGUCACCAGAAACGGCCCAAACGCCAAAGCACAGUUGGAGUGUCACCACUAAAUCUUUCCCCAAGGAAACGAAGAUCCAAAAUGAACUAGUUCCCCAGAGUGACCCUCUCACAGCCUCUGUCCCACACCUAACGUCCCCACAAACCACAGUCCCCACAACCCUGGUCACAACUCCACCAAGGAUCACCGUCAACCCAACACAGGUAGAGACCACACUGACCAGACAACCCUUUGACUCUGGCACCCCACCCACGUCCCCACAAACCAGGGUCACCACAAGACGCCUGGCCUCGACCGUAAGCACCGACAUUGGAACUAAAGAGGCCCCGGUCACCGAAACUCAGCCCAGCCACAGUUCACCAGACCUGGGCUUUUCCGAGGCCAAAGCAGGGCCUGUGGAGGAACAACUGGGAGCAAACAKCACCACCAGGACAGAGGAUAGAACACUAAGGGUUAACUCACCAACACCAGGAGGUAAGUCUCCAACACAUCAACAGACAUAUUGA